CGCGCUGACGCGACAUCAGACAUCAGUGUGAGGAGCACGACUCGCAUUCACCGAGACACAUCGAGGAGAACCUCACUGUUUAUUUGGGUUGUGUUGUCUGUGUCAGCGUUGAAUUGCGUUGUUUUGGCGCAGAGGAAGAGUUCGGAGAGUUUCUGAGGGAUGGACGCGCCGCGAGUGCUGUGGAUUCUGGGCUGCGCUUUCAUCGCAUCGGCUCUGGGCUCGAGACUCAAGACCCCCGCGUUACCCAUCCAACCCGAGAGGGAACCCAUGAUAUCUAAAGGCUUAUCCGGUUGCUCCUUCGGUGGCCGCUUUUACUCACUGGAAGACACAUGGCAUCCAGAUCUCGGAGAGCCAUUCGGUGUGAUGCACUGCGUUAUGUGUCACUGCGAGCCGUGCCCAAAAGGCGACUCGGGGAGAAAGGAGGCGGAGUCUCUGUUUGAGUUCUUCCAGGAGAAAGACGACGACCUUCACAAGUCCUACAACGACAGAUCCUACAUCAGCUCUGAAGAGAACAGCAACCGAGACAGCGCCACCGAUUUUGUGGCUGUACUCACGGGUGUGACGGACUCGUGGCUGCCGAGCUCCAGCGGCGUCGCACGGGCCAGAUUCACACUCGCUCGAACGAGCCUGACCUUCUCCAUCACGCUCCAGAGGAUGAACAGGCCGAGCGUCAUCACGUUCCUGGACUCCGAUGGAAACACGGCCUUUGAGUUCAGAGUACCGCGGGUGGAUACAGACAUGGGCAAAGUCAUCAAACACCGAGCGCUGUUCGCAGAAACCUUCAGUGCGAUCCUGACGUCUGACGAGGUGCAUUCUGGGAUGGGAGGAAUCGCCAUGUUGACGCUCAGUGACACGGAAAACAAUCUGCAUUUCAUCCUGAUCCUGCAGGGACUCGUUCCUCAUGGGAGCUGUAAGGACAAAGAAAUAAUACAAAUGAUAUAUAUAUAUAUAUAUGAAGAGUUCAGAUGCAAAAGUAUGGAAGACUCUGACUUGGCUGAAGUCCUGGCCGAUCUGAACAGUCGUGAACUCUUCUGGUUGUCCCGCGGACAGCUGCAGAUCUCGGUGGAAACAGAAGGUCAAAACCCUCGUCAGAUCUCCGGAUACAUUUCUGGCAAGAGAUCAUGUGACACUCUUCAAAGCGUGAUGUCCAGCGGUUCUGCUCUGACUCCUGGGAAAACCGGCGGCGUCGGGUCUGCCGUCUUCACCCUGCAUCACAACGGCUCGCUCGACUACCAGGUUCUGGUGGCGGGUUUGAGCAGCACGGUGGUCGGCGUGACGAUCGGCGGGCGAGCGCUGGGAAGCUGCAGCCGCGUCGAGGCCAGACACAUUCACAUGCUGCUGCAGAAUGAACUGUUCAUUAACAUCGCCACGGCAGAGCAGCAAGAGAGCGAACUGCGCGGACAGAUACGAAUGCUGCCGUACAACGGACUGGACGCACGCCGAAACGUGUACGUCAACGCUCACCUGCACGGAUUGGCCGAGAUCGGCGAGAUGGACGACUCGUCCACCAAUCACAAGAGACUUCUGACUGGCUUCUACGGUCAACAGGCUCAGGGUGUGUUGAAGAAGACAGUGAUCUGUGAUCCUGUGAUCUGUCCUGCGCUCUCAUGUCCUCACACCAUCCAGCCUGAAGACCAUUGCUGUCCCAUCUGUGACGAAAAGAAAGAAACCAAACAGAUGACUGCGGUAGAAAAAGUUGAGGAAGAUCCAGAAGGCUGUUAUUUCGAAGGUGAUCAGAAAAUGCACGCACCUGGCACAACAUGGCAUCCAUUUGUCCCGCCAUUCGGCUACAUCAAGUGUGCCGUGUGUACCUGCAAGGGCUCCACAGGAGAAGUGCACUGCGAGAAAGUGACGUGCCCGCCUCUCACCUGCAGCCGGCCAAUCAGACGCAACCCUUCAGACUGCUGUAAGGAGUGUCCUGCGGAAGACACGCCCCCUCUGGAGGACGAUGAAAUGAUGCAGGCAGACGGAGCGCGACACUGCAAGUUCGGCAAUAACUACUACCAGAAUAGCGAACACUGGCACCCUCGUGUCCCGCUGGUGGGAGAAAUGAAGUGCAUUACCUGCUGGUGUGAUCAUGGCGUCACAAAGUGCCAGAAAAAACAGUGUCCGUUCUUGAGUUGCAGUAACCCCAUUCGCAGAGAAGGAAAAUGCUGUCCUGAAUGCAUAGAGGACUUUAUGGAAAAAGAAGAAAUGGCAAAAAUGGUGGAGAAAAAGAAAAAUUGGAGACACUGACACCUCCUUUCCUCAACGUUCAUUUUCCCACAUGUCUUAAGAUCAGGCCAUCUCAAAUGCACAACGGGACGCCUGCGGAUUGCAAAAAACAAUCGCCGCACGAAACAGAGGAGAGGUCCAGAACACAAAGGGAUCGAGAACAGUUUGGGAGAAAGUGGCUCUGAAGAUGAAAGAUAUCAAGACCCAAACAGAUAAUGGAUAAAAGGAGAACGAAUUUCAGCUGAUGUAGAUGUUUGGAUUUCCCAUCGACUGGUUUUCUCACGUGAAUGUUUGUUUUAUUUUUGUUUGCAUAUUUGACUUGGUGCAAAAUAUCCAAGACUCGUACAUCAUCACAGCUGUAAAUAAAUGUGAAUACAAUCACAUGUUUGUAUCACAGUAAAAAACACACCACGCUUCACAACAAAUUGCACAUGCCGUCAUUACAAUCCUUCAAAAUGACACUCAAAUCCCAGCCAAUCAGCAGGACUGUUGUGAUGCAUCUGAUUGGAGAUUUGCCCUGUGGGUGGGGCUUAGUUUGGGGAGGUGGAGUUUCGGAUGCUCAUCAACAUAAACCCACCCAUUUCUGUUGCACCUGAUGGUGUCAGUCUGUUUGCUGGUAUAUCAUAUUUUAUGGCUAUUUUCUUUCAGUAUU